UUUUAUUUUCAAUUAUUGUUCUAAUAAAAUAAGGAAAUUGCCUUCAGUGGCAAAUACAAAAAAGUGUUGUGUGCAAAGCUCAACCUUCAGGCCACCAACUAUGCUUGCACCAAAAAUUUUACUGCUUGUGGCGCUGAUAUGGUUUUACAAGCAAUUCGCUGCAAAGGCUAAUAUAUUAAACAGAGCAUCACCAGGACUAAGUGCAACAGAUGAGCUCAAUACUUGCGAAGAGCAGUUGUCCAAAUACCGAAAGUUUUUACUGCAAGCAAUAAUCAGCUUUGAAGAUGUUUGUGAUGCAUACAACGCACAUCCCGUAACUAUGGAAAGUCAUGUUUUUCAAGGUGUCGGCAACGCUGGGAGAACAACACGUGAAGGUGACGACUUAUUGGUAUCACCAAUAUUUCUGCACAAUUACCAACCGCCUGAACAAAGAUCAGAAAUAUGGGCUUUUUUUAAACUUUUAAUGGCACAAUUCAAUGACGUGGAGUUUACAAAUGUUAUACGGGAAGCGGUCAUCGAACGCUGUCAUAUAAAGUCUCAACGCGACGAGAAACGCAACUCAGUUGUACUGGGUAAAAAACAAAGAUUUCAUUCUUGGGGUGGCAAAAGAUCACAGCUUUUAAGUCCAGGCUCAGAUGAACACAAUGGCGAUCAAAUGUAUUUAACUUAAAUUAAUAAUUAUUUUAACUUUCUAUGAAACUCAAAGUAAAACUUUAGUUAAGUAUUAAACAAAACAUAUGUAUAAUAUAUUUUAACUCAA